UGUGGAUUUGAAUUUUCUACCAUCUGCGGCAUUAUCAUUGGCAAAGAAACGGGAAAUAAAACUCAUAACAUUCACGUAGCAAACAUCGAGUUUCGGAACUUUAGAACAAGUUCUUCCGCUAUUGUAACGAUACGGAACGCUGUCAACGCCUCGUUCACUAACUGCGUUUUCAGAGAUAACAAACGUUGCGCAUUAAUUGCUUUUGAUAGCGGUGUUUCAAUAGAAACCUGUCGUUUUUCAAACAAUAAUCCAGGCCAGUCGCAUUCUAAUGACGGUCGACUCCAGGCAGUCCAGGCAUUCGCUGGGGGCGCAAAGUUUCUGUUUGAAAACGCAAGUAAUUUGAACGUGAUCGUUCGAAACACAGUUUUUAUGAGAAAUGCAGUCGUGUUGAACAACUCGGAAAUUUAUGUAGAACAUUCUACUUUCCCAGAAGCCUGUUCGAGGCGUUCAGGUCGGGGGAACGGAGCGAAGAGAUUUGGGCAGGAAAAACAGGAAAGCCGGAAACAGGCUAUUUUCUCGGAAUUAGCUAAUGGUAUCAUGGGUGGUGGAUUAUCAAUUGUGUUUCGUGGAAGUGCGCAUGGGAAUAAAGUAUUCAUAGAAAACACUAGUUUUUCUGAGAAUCAAGCUACUUCCGGUGGAGGAGUGUAUUAUGCUGAUCACUCUAGUGACUCUGAUAGGUUAAGCGGGAACGAAAUGGAGAUACAAAAAUCAAGUUUCGCGGGCAACAGGGCUUUGCAUGAUGGCGGUGGAAUGAUGAUCCAAAAUUCGUCCGGCUUUCUGCUAGUCAAAGAUUGCGUUUUUAAAGAAAACUGGGCACUAACUGGAGGUGGGGUGAAUGUGGGCCAACCUUUCGAGCGAAUACGGUUUGAUAAUGUCACAUGGGAUGGAAAUAAAGGCCAGGAAAUUCCAGCAAUACGCCUUAUGGGCAACUUGUCAUCUGAAGCGGAAUUUGUUAACUGCACUGUUAAAAACCACUCUGCUUCAUACUCGACGUAUUCGACAUAUGCUAGUCCUCUUACGACUUUUCAGAUGAGAGUUAUAUUUACCGGCAUAAACGUGUUCACAGAGAAUUACGGAACCGGGGCUAUGGAAAACCUGGUAAGCUCGGUGCACUUAAAAGGUAUUUUGAAAUUUAUCGAGAACUGUGGUGUAAAAGCAGGAGCCGUAUUUUCGAUUUUUUCGUCGAUUACGUUGCAUCCUGGUAGUAAACUUAUUUUUGUCAGAAAUCAUUGCUCUACGAUUGGAGGAGCGAUAACUAUCAUCGGUGGCUGGCCGUACGACUUUGUACGAAAGUACAACCCGUACUGUUUUAUGAGAUACAGCGAAAGGAACACAGGGCCAUCUAAGUGGAAGGUAAGAAUAAAAAUCCGGCGAGGGGACUGACUUCCAUGUGAGGGGACGGGGUGAUCAUCGGGAAAUUGAAUGCCAUUGCCUAUACAGCAGGAGCCGAUGUUAUACAGUGAAAACCUGGGACUAAGAACCUACAUUUUCCCAAGUUAGCCUAAACAGGGUCUUACAUAAAUGGGAUUUAGGACAAAUUUAGGCUAUUUAGGUUCUUAAGUACGUUCUUAUUUUCUGAAGAAAAAAGUACAUUGUCGCUAAGAGCAUUAAGUGGUAUUCAGGUUAUUCCUUAUAUAAAAUCUGCAUGCCAUUACAUUACAGUUGGAGUGAUAAGGCACCUAUGUCUCCAAAGAGGAUCCUCAGCUGACUAUGACUUAUCUUAAUAUUUGCCCUGAAUUUUUUUCAUACAUAUUAGAAAAAAAGAACCUGUUUCAGGUUUUAGGUUAAACAGUUUCUUGUAUAGUGGGGGCUUAACCAGCAAAUUUUAGUCUAACAGGUUCUUAGUCGCAGCUUUUUACUGUAUUUGGCCUCUAAAAGUCACCGUUCUAAAACAGACAGCUAAGUAAAAGCUAUGGUGAUUUUAAAACGUUUUUUCGUCAAAUGCUUUCUUCUUCCAUUUUCAUUUUUAAAAUUUUCUUCUGCUUACUUUAUUUCCUCCCGCACGCCCCGAGAAAUACCGGACUAUGGUCACAAUAUUUUGAGCGUUCUAUCCUUAACAUCCUAAAUAAUGGCGAUUUUUACGCUAGGAACGUUAUAGGCGUGUAGACGUAUUAAACGUUUGAGACUUUCAAGUCUUUUGGGGUAAAAACAGGACGUAUAAAAGUAGGCAAUAACAUUUAAAAGAGACAGAGUUUUUACAAAAAAAAAAAAAACCUGGGAGCCCUCCCACUCGUCCCUGGACGAGUUGGGCAUAAAUACACAGUCCCAAUUUACGGUGUCCUGUUUUUAUACUAGACGCACUUAAAUGGCCGUAAACCAUUAUUUUAUAAGUGUUUCUUACUUGACUGGGAUGUACGACAUUAUCUUAUUACUUCAUAUUUGACAGAGAUGGCCCGUUACCUUUAAUGUUUCUCUCACGCACUAGGUCAAGGUAUCAUUUGUCGAGAACAGCGCGGCAUUUCAAGGUGCCGCAGUGUACAUUUCGAGCUUAAAGCAAUGCUCAUGGAACGAGGAGUAUCCAUUCCACAGCAUUGCCAAGGCACUUCGUUGGAAUAAUUCGUUUGAAUUCCGUGACAAUUUUCUUCUUUAUGGCAAACACUUUAAGAGAUUGUCGGGACCCGAGUACGAUAUUGCAACGGACCUCCAUCACUUUCACCCCACUGGGAACAUUUCUCAAAUUAAGGUACUGAGUGCAGUCUAAGACCUUCAAGUAUUAGGGAGCUUAACUCAGGGGCACCCAACGAGAAUAUAGUUCAAAACCACUUAAACAUAGCAUUGUUAAACGUGUUUUAGUAUUAAAACGGUGGAUAUGGGCAUAUUUUUAUCCCCUAUAAAUUUUUCAUCUGUUCGGAUUUCCUAGCUGAAAGUCUAGUGAUCCGGAAAUUAUAGGGAUCAAAACUUACCUGUUUGAAAAUUUCAGCCAGAAAAAAGGCUCCCGAAAAUUCUAGGUGACCUUUUUAGGGUAAAAAUCCGUUGAAAAUGAUCAAUUUUACCAUUUUUUAUAUGUUCGAAAAUCCUAGGAGAGGCAGGCAAGUAAGAAAUUUUACAACAAAUGUUCCGAAAAUUCUAGAUCUCAAAUCGUCUUCCGAACAGAUAUUUUUCCGAAAAUUGUCGUUGGGUGCCCCUGUUAACUGACAACGACGACCACGACCACAACGACAUCGUCAAAAAGCCGCACUUGGUUUUAUGAGCAAAUCAAAAGCUCUAAACGUGCAUUAGACGCGAUAAAGUUUGAACGGAAGCAAAUUCAUUUUUAAGCGACGUUUUCACUGCCGCCGUCGUCGUCGUUGCUUAAUCCUUUAAGUCCCAAUAGUGACCAACAGCAAUUUUCUCCUAACAAUAUCCAUACAUUAUCAUGAAAUGAGGUUAUGAGAAUUAAGAAAAUGAUCACCUAAGAGAAAAUACUUUGAUCUUUUAUCACAUUCUCUUAACUAAUUCUUAAAGGAAAUGUAUAGAGAUCAGUUUGGAGAAUUUGUAUGUAGAUAUUGCGGCUUAAAGGGUUAAGCUCCCUCUUGUUUCUCUAAUCCUGCGUGACAUUUCAGGUGCCAAAAAUGUUCAUUUUCUCUCUCCCUUUUUUUCUAUUCCAACUUUAUUUCAUUAACAUUAACCACUUUUCUGAUGGAAUAUUUAGUCCAGAGUUUAGGGUGUUAACUGGUAUCAGUGAGCUUAAGCAAAGAUGUUUUUGAGCGACGCUAGUCAACCGGAACUUAGCCUGCGUAGCAGGCGCUUGGAAGUAGUGGGCGAAAGAGAGAACAGGCGCGCACGAGGGAGACACUCGAGGGGUGUCUCCUUCUCGCGCGCCCGUUUUUUCUUGUGCCCUCUACCUCUCCCCUCGCGUGUCUCCUUCUCGCGCGCCCGUUUUUUCUUGUGCCCUCUACUUCCAAGCGCCUGCUACGCCGGCUAACCGGAACUGGACUUUCUGCAAUCUUUAAUAGGCAGUGGUUUUGCCCAAAGUUUCGGACAAAUGGUCUCUGUAAGACUAUUGACGUGCGUCGCUCAAUUACACACUGUAUAUCUGCUCUUUUCAUUGGGUAAGAGUCUACAGUUGGUGCGCAGUUUGAUCGGCGCAGCGAGAGUUCGAUUUGCAAACCACAAGUAUGAUUUCAGACAAAAAUUCCAAGACACGGCGUUCAAUUACCACUUUAUUAGAUAGAUUUUAAAAUCACACAAAUUGAUCCAGCCUUUUAGUCGGUACCAACCGUUGUGAGCUACUAUGGAAAGAGUGCAAAAUACUGAAUAGAAAGACUUUAUUUUUCUUUCUUUUUUGUUUACAGCUUUCCCCUGGCGAAGUUCUGCGCCUUUCUAUUAGCGGUUACGAUGAACUCAACCAUACUAUCUUCACCAUGGCCUCACUUACGGAACAUGACAGCUUCGACAUUGGUCAUAACUCUCUUUACCUGAGCAAUCCCAUGUUAUUGUCGCCAUUGGAUAAUGGUUCAUUCAAUUUCCAAUAUCACCUGGCAAAUGAGACCGUUUAUAAAGAAAUCGAAAAGCACGAAGUACACUACUUUCAUAUGGACAGUGUUUAUUCACUGUUUAGAAACACAUAUACUUUUAACGUCACUUCCAUUCCAUGCAAACCAGGAUUCAAGUUCAAAGGCACCAGAUGUCAUUGUGACAAGACCAUCGACGGCGUCUUGAGGUAA